AGUUUGGACUCUGAGGAUUGUGUAGGUGGGUAUAAAUGUGAGGACGCUCACAGGAAGAGACAGACAGACAAGAUGGACGUGAAGCUGCUGUUUCUGACUGUUGUUUUUCUCUCCUCACCGCUCCUCACACUGUGUGACCCACUAUUUGUUCUGUCAGCUCCUAAUUUGCUGAGGGUGGGUUCCUCAGAGAAUGUGUUUGUGGAGGCUCAGGAUUACUCUGGAGGAGACCUGAAUGUGAAGAUCAUAAUUAAGACCCACCCAAAAAAAGACAGGGAGAUACUGUCUGAGUCAGUGACACUGACUGCAGCCAAUAAUUUCCAAACCCUCAAAGAUAUAAAGAUCCCUGAUGAUAAAAACUUCUUCUCUGAUGAUCCUCUGGAGAAGCAGUAUGUGUAUCUACAAGCUCAGUUUCCAUCCGUCACUCUGGAGAAAGUGGUCAUGCUCUCAUUCCAGUCUGGAUAUAUAUUUGUACAAACAGACAAGCCCAUCUACACACCUGCUAGCACAGUUCAGUACAGGAUUUUCUCUCUGACACCCAACCUGGAGCCACUCAGUGAUUCUGGAAUCACAGUGGAAAUCAUGAAUCCUCAAGGCAUCACAGUUUCAUCAGAGAAGGUAUAUCCAGUCAAAGGGAUCAAGCCCGGAAAAUAUGCUAUUCCUGAGGUUGCCAGGUGUGUAAAGGGACUGAAGCUAUUCAACCUGAAAACUUUUUGUUUGUUUGUUUGUUUUGCUUAAUACCAGUUUUCUGUU